CUCCUCCCCCUGCUCGUGCUGGUGCUUCGUUUGUUUUCCUUUUUUUUUGUCCUUCUAUUCACCGACGUUUGUCAUCGGGUGGCUAGCUAAUUUACACUUACCGCUUUGUUUGUACUGCCCGGGUUCGGUUUUGGCAUAUAAAUUCCGACUCCAAUUAUUCCUGUUGUAUUUAUAUAAAAAAAAAAGAAAGGGCAGCAUCGAAGGUAAAGAUUAGCUGUGCUGUUAUCAGUUCCUCAUUUCCAGGUGAACAAUUCAAGGUGUGUCAUAAAGGAGCCUCCAUGAGGAUUGCACAAUUAAACUGUUAGCCAGGCGAACUGUUAGAUAGAUGUACUCGCUCGACAGGCAGCAGCCAUGUCCAUUGAAUACACCAUUGACAUCCAGCUAACAGAGUUGGGGUUUCCGGACAUCCUGCAGCCGCAGCAGACUCAGGCCAGAGACGGAAAAGAAGCAGCGAAGCAGAGCUCAGAGGUUUCAGUGGAGUCCCCUCUGCCCCACGAAGCGCCCUGUAAACAGUCAAAUCCUGCACAAGAUGAACAGGCUGUGGACUCGGACGACAGUGAGGUUUCAGGCGUGUAUGAGGAGGAAGAGGUCGAUGAUGAAGACGAGGAAGAGGAAGAGGAAGGGCCGAGCGACGAGCCUGGUCUGUCGCGUGACCACCGCUGCAGCGUGUGUCAUCUCCAGCUGCCCUCCCAAUUCAAGCUCCAGGACCACAUGAACUUGCACACGGGAGCGCGGCCGUACGGCUGCGCGGAAUGCGGGAAGCGCUUCUGCCAGAUCCAGAGCUACCGCAGCCACCUGCGCACGCACGCCAAGACCAAAGUGGACCCUCUCAAGUGUCGCGUCUGUCUGUGGGGCUUCACGUCGCAGGAGGAGCUGAAGGACCACCUGUCAAAGAUGCACCUGGAGGAUAAAUUCUAUGAGUGCGAUCUGUGCAAACGCGUGUUCACGUGCCUGGAGAAAUGUCAAGCUCACGUGCAGUUGCACAAAUACAUGAACACUUUAGUGUGUAAAAUAUGCGGCCGCACCUUCUCCUCCGAAACGUCCCUCGCACACCACAGCAAGAAGGCGUGUCACCGCAGUUUUAAAUGCACGGACUGCGCGAGGGUCUUCACCAAGAAGAACGCUCUGCUGAAGCACAGCUUCUCCCACCUGGGGCUGCUGCCGUACACCUGCAUACGAUGCCGCUGCCACUUCCGCCUGGCCAGGCUUUACCGCCAACACAGGUGUCUGCCCGAGCGCAUUCGCUGCGUGGCGUGUCUGAGGGAGUUUCUCAGCCAGGAGGAGUUCCAGCAGCACAAAAAGGACACGGGCUGCUGGGGCGACCAGGAGCGCAGCGACGCGACGGAUGAGAUCCGGUGUUUGGAGUGCGGACAGAGGUUUGACACGUCUGAGGAGCUGAAGAAACACGCCGGGGCUCACCAGAGGGUGCUGAAAUGCGCCGAGUGCGGAAAGGGUUUCCGGUCGGCUCUGCUGUUAAUGUCCCACAUGGGCGGACAUGCUGGCCAGUCGCCCUGCCUUUGUCAGAGCUGUGGACUUGGGUUUCCCCAUCAGCAGAACUUCGACAGUCACCUCAAGACAUGCGGACAAACGCCUCAGCCUGCGAGUGUGCCCAGGAAACGGACGACCUUGACGAGCUCUUCGCCUGAGACCAAGCGGCUCAAAGCCAAACCGAACACACCAAAUGUAGCAAAACCGAGAGCAGACCACAUUCCUGAUGUUGUAAACAAAGCUGCUGCACCAGUGAAGGACUCCGCUCGUGCAAAGCCGGCGACCAGGGCCGUGCCGUUUGGCUCCGGUCAGUCAGACGGGUUGUGGAAGCUAACCCUCGACAAGCAGCCUCCUCCUGGUGUUAAACUUGUCGUGUUCGUUCCCGUCUGUCCAACUCAGCCCCCGGGACUCGCGCUCCCCUCUGCGGUCUCGCGGACGGUGCCCCUUCUCAAUAUGCAAACACCGUCUGUCUCAGGUAACCGACACCUCGGGGCGAAAGGUGUCCUCGGAGCGCCGUUGGAUUCGUCAGCUGGGAUUCAGAACGAUCCAGAAGCGCCUCUGGAUUUGUCCAAGAAAUCCAACUCGUCUAAAUCUGCAAUAACCAACAUUCCUAGUCUUCCUAUUAAAAGUGAACCAGAAGAACUUGAAAUCUCAUGACAGGCUGAGGGUACUUAGACAAAAAUUAAAUAAUGCAAGCCUAGUGAGAAUAAGCGGUAGUAAAAGAUGAGAUGAGACAAUGUUGACGUGAUUGUUAAAUAAAAUGCAGGGAAUAAAGCCGUCUGAAAUGAAGCGCACAGUCUUCUCCUCUCUUAAUGUAGCCUGUGAUGCAUAUAAUCAAAGACAGAGCUUCAGUCGCCUGGUCCCCGUGUUUGAUUUGCAGCGAUCAAGGCAACUGACAAACGGAAGAAACAAGAAUAAAUUUGGACAUUUCAAGCCCCGACUCCUUUGAUGUGGAGAGUGAAAUAAAAGCAGAGCAGAAAACGUCAGUCGGGUCAGUCUGAGAUCACAUUCCCCACUCUGCAAGGGAACACAUUGUAUUUUGCUGUAGCUGCAAAUUUAGAAGAUAUAACGCAGACACAAUUGUAAACUUGACCGCUGCGAACAUCUGUCUAAAUCAUGCGUUGGCCAUCAUAGAGAUUAAUGAGUAGGCGCGAUUUCUCUUCAGCUAUCACGUCUUUUUCCACUAUCGUGAAUGGACUAUUAAAAGUGUCAUUUACACAAAACAUUCCAAUGUCUUUGUUUACUGACUGUUUUUGUUUGUUUUUCAGUCUGGGUGGGGUUUGCCGGCUGGAGCAAUGUGAAAUAUGAACAGUGAUGAAGCCUAUGCAACGCUGAGCAGGAUUGUAUUAAGUAAAAUGAGAAACAAAAUGGUUAUUUUGCGUGAUUUACGUUCACUGAAUACAAUAUCCAGGUUUGUUUUGAUGUUUUUGUAAAGGAAAAUAAAGAUUUAGCUUCAAUA